UCCCCAAGCCGCAUGAAAGUUAUAGAAAAAAUAUUUAGAAAAUUCGCGUUGCUCUUGGUAAAACUAUUAUUGUGAAUUCUUAAGUCAAGCACAAGUUAAAAAUGGCGCGCAAGAAUGCACAGGCCGAGGAUCUCUCGAACGUGGAGUUUGAGACUAGCGAAGACGUUGAGGUGAUACCCACCUUCAAUGCUAUGAACCUCAAGGAGGAGCUGCUACGCGGCAUUUACGCGUACGGCUUUGAAAAACCUUCGGCCAUACAACAGCGCAGCAUCAAGCCAAUUGUUAAGGGGCGGGACGUCAUAGCCCAAGCGCAGUCCGGUACGGGCAAGACUGCCACAUUUUCCAUUUCCAUACUACAGAGCCUGGACACAACGCUGCGUGAGACCCAGGUGCUGUGUCUGUCACCCACACGCGAGUUGGCUGUCCAAAUCCAAAAGGUCAUUCUUGCUCUGGGCGAUAUGAUGAACGUACAGUGUCAUGUGUGCAUUGGCGGUACAAAUCUGGGCGAGGACAUACGCAAGCUGGAUUACGGUCAGCAUAUUGUGAGUGGAACACCGGGUCGUGUCUUCGAUAUGAUCAAGCGGCGUGUUCUGCGCACAAGAGCGAUCAAAAUGCUGGUGCUCGAUGAAGCGGAUGAGAUGUUGAACAAAGGUUUCAAGGAACAAAUCUAUGAUGUUUACCGGUAUUUGCCGCCAGCUACGCAGGUGGUGCUCAUAUCUGCUACCCUGCCGCAUGAGAUUCUGGAAAUGACAUCUAAAUUCAUGACGGAUCCUAUUCGAAUUUUGGUCAAACGUGAUGAAUUGACGCUGGAAGGCAUUAAACAAUUUUUUGUGGCCGUGGAGCGCGAGGAAUGGAAAUUCGAUACGUUAUGCGAUCUCUAUGACACACUGACCAUCACACAGGCGGUCAUUUUCUGUAACACCAAGCGCAAGGUGGACUGGCUGACUGAGAAGAUGCGCGAAGCGAACUUCACGGUCAGCUCCAUGCACGGCGAUAUGCCGCAAAAGGAACGUGACGAAAUCAUGAAAGAGUUCCGAGCUGGACAGUCACGUGUCCUCAUUACCACCGAUGUGUGGGCGCGUGGCAUAGACGUGCAGCAGGUGUCCUUGGUCAUCAACUACGAUCUACCCAACAAUCGUGAGCUGUACAUUCAUCGCAUCGGUCGCUCGGGUCGAUUUGGACGCAAGGGUGUGGCCAUUAACUUUGUAAAGUCCGAUGAUAUACGCAUUUUGCGUGAUAUUGAGCAAUAUUAUUCAACGCAAAUCGACGAGAUGCCGAUGAAUGUGGCAGAUUUAAUAUAAUUUUCAUUUCUACUAACUA